AAAAACUUUUACUGGUGUUAGUAGUUUUACAAACCACGUUUCAGUAUUAGCAAGUUAUGCCGAGCUAUUUGCUAAAUAAGUGUGAAGUGCUAAAUGAGCUACCAGAUUUUACUUUUAAACUUUAUGGAACCUCUUUAAAGUAUGAGGAUCCAAAGAUUAGACAAGAGACCAUUCAACUCUGUACAAAAAGAAAGACUUACAUUUGGAGUAAUGGUAUUGAGAUUUUCUUUUCUACAUCGUUCUUGGAUAGGCUUGCAUUGUUAUCCCAACUAGUAGCAGCUUCGUGCAAAGUGUUUACCAAAGAAAUUUCCUUGAUUCGGUCGGUGAUAUUGAUGAUGUUGGUAGAGGCAGUGUAUUGUUUUGAAACCUCGGUCUUGGCAGCAACAAAGAUUGAUGAGCUGACUCUGUACUACUUUCGUCCUGGUUCAUCCAUGAAAAAAUACCAUUCAAAGCUCUGUAUUCAAAACGAAAGUUCAUGUGGUCUAGACGAUUAUACAAAAUGA